CAGUCUCAGACAGGGCGCGCUCACGAUCGCAUGUCAGUGUUGCUGCCGCCGUUGUUGGAACAACCGUCGUACUUUGCGAUACCGAUUCGGACCAAGCAGCAACCACGGCAGCGUUUUACUUUCGCUGUUACGAUCCUUACCCUCUCGUCAUCGUCGUCGCCGUGCUCGUAUUCUAAAAGAUCUGUUCGUGUGAUCCGAGGAGGGGUGGACGCACCCCAAUGCAGUGUGUGCAGUUCCGGUGCAGUUUCGAUCAGUGCAGUUUGGUCAGUUGUUAUCGCCGCUUCUCAGUGGAAGUGUUAUGCUGCGUGCGCAUGAUGCUAUCAUUGGCCCAUUUGAUAGUGAUGUUUCAAGUGUUCGAGUGAAUUAGUGACGAGUUGUGUCAAAUUGAUCGCAAAAAAGAAACCUUAUGCACCGAAUUGAAAAUUUGCAUACGACAAAAAAUCUAACAAGUGGCACAAUUCAAUCACACGCAUUAUAGCUGUGGGAACCGACAAAAUUUGAUGCCUUCGUACAUCGUCCGGAACUAUUAAUGCUGCUUAUCUUCGUGAUAAAGCGCUAACACAAAAUUUCAAAGCGCGAACAAAAGUGAGAAGCUGUUAAAAAGGAUCAAAUGAUCCCGGGUGCAAAGUGGUUUAUUUAAAGGUUCGCUUUUGUGUAACGAAUGUUAAUUUUUUCAUCCAACAAGCUUCAAGUUGAACCGUCGGCUCAAAUCUUCGAACUACUUCGAGAAUACUGUACAAAAUCAAAGAAAAAGAUGGACCCGUGGCGUGUUGACGAAAAUUGAUUAUGACAACAGGCAGCACAGAUUAUUAUUAUCCAUCUCCUCCAUCUUGCCUCUCGUGUGUUAGUUAACAGUGCCCCAAAAGGAAUGUGUUUCAUUUGUCGCCAAACAUAACUAAACGGUCAAAUCUACAAAGCAAACUAUACCGAAAGAAUGAGUUGUUUGUAGUCUACACGUUUCUCACGAUAUCGGUAGAUGAAAUACUAAGUACACGUUUAAAAAAGUGAUUGUGAAAUUAUUUGAACGACGUGCAGCAUACAACGAUAUUCAAAGUGCAUUUAACGUAAAUCAGUAGUGUAAUUUGAAAACGCAUCACCCCAAAGAAACGGCAUCCGGCAUAAAGCAUUUGCUUAGAGCUUUAGGCAAACUCCCAUCUCGCACAGCAGAAUAUAAAGAUGAAUCAGCAGUGCAAAGUUUGUGGCGAACCGGCAGCCGGUUUUCAUUUCGGAGCCUUCACUUGCGAAGGUUGCAAGUCUUUUUUCGGCCGAUCAUACAACAACUUAUCUUCGAUCUCGGAGUGUAAAAAUAACGGAGAAUGCAUCAUUAAUAAAAAGAAUCGAACCGCCUGCAAGGCGUGCCGCUUGCGCAAAUGCCUGAUGGUUGGAAUGUCGAAAAGCGGCUCUCGUUACGGACGUCGGUCGAACUGGUUUAAGAUCCACUGCUUGCUUCAGGAGCAACAGCAAGCCGCUCAGCAACAAGGAAACCAUCAGAAACCGUCACAACCAGUCGGGAUCCAUGCGGGAAUGUUUCACGGGGGUUAUCCUCAUGGCAUGUAUCCUCGGCCACCAUGCACAAAGGAAGAGCUGAUGCUUCUCGGCCUAGAGGAGUACAGCAAGCACCCAUCUGCAUCGCCCUCCGUUAGUUCUCCUGAUAGUCACAACUCGGAUAGCUCCAAUGAGAUCAAUGAUCGCAGAAAUGCGCUACUACGGCAGGGUAAAUUGCACGAUUCACCAAUCAACAAGGAUCUGUUCCUUCCACUGCCGUUUGGUGGACUACCAUUGAUGCCGCCUCCUGGCUUCCUGCCCUCGUCACAUCUCAUGUUUCCAGGCUUCCAUCCGGCACUUUAUUCCCAUCCACAAGCAGGUCUGCUAAAGCCUGCUGAUACUCAUUUAACGCUUCCUAGCUCACCCCUCGCCAAUAACAACAGUCGCUUUACACCAAAUCACAACACCGAUCAGAGCGUCCAUCCGACCGCGGGAUCCGGUAAUGAUAACGGAAAAUCCCCAGAGUCUUUCUCAAAACGCUACAUUCUUGAUCAGGUGCUCGAGUCACAGCGUUGUCCUAGUAAUGGCACGACAGGAAGCGAUAAAGACGAACCUGAAUCGGAAGAGGUGGUUCCUGCAACAAUGACUCCUCCACGGUCUCCUAUUGUGUCUGCUCCACAACAGAACACGAUAGUGCGAAAUUCUCCGACUCCUUCCAGCCAUCGUAUUCAACAAGACAAUCCUAUAGAUUUGAGUAUGAAAACGGGAAGCAGUUGCACUUCCGCUGACGAGCGCAGAUCUUCAAUGUCCGGUGCUGAAUCGAAUGGUUCCGAUGAUGAAGCUAAUGCCGACAGUCGCCCGUCAUCCGGAAUGGACAAGUAUAAAUUUAACUUGGCUACCACAGCAAUCCCUGUAGCUACCAAAAACAUUUCGGCCACCAACAAUAUUAACCAUCAUAACAACAACAACAACAACAACAACAGCUUCAGCAACAACCAAAAUCAUCACCAUGAUACAGUACAUCAUUCUCCACGCCCGUUGUCGGUAUCGCCAUCACACCCGGUACAGCCUCACCGAGUGUCCCCAAUACGAUCUGACUCUCCGCGGCACUUGCAACACCAUUACCAAACCCAUCACCAUCAUCAGCAUCUACAGCAGCAACCACAUCGUCAACGUCACGCUCUUGCACAUCAUGUUGGAAGUGGAAGCGAGUCAGACCUCGAGCCAGAGGAAACCGAGUACGAUCGUGAGGUUAAACGUAUGAAGCUGCAAGGUACCACGCCGUUGGACCUUACCACUAAGGUUUAAGCUGCCCAAGUUCGAAGACGCUUCCCGUAUAUGUUGCCGAAGUGAAUGUUGUGGUGCAAUUGUUGUUUAGAACUGUCGAGUAUAGCUAAGUGAAAAUAAUUGAUGAUUGAUUAGAUUUUGUUUCGCAACAAGUGCAAAACAUCUUCUGCGAUACAUGGGAGGUAGCCAGUUGCCUAGAAUAAUAAGUGUAUAGUACAAGUGAAGUAGCAAUUGUUUUAACAAAAUAUCGCACGAUGAAUAUCAAAACAAGCUGCAGAGCAUUUAUCAGCAGUUCAUUACCAAAGAUCGACAAUGGUUCGAUACAGAUGUUCAUGUUUGUGAAUAUUGUAAAUAUUUUACAUUGUUAGCUAUAGCUGCAGACACUAAGUGUGUCCAUAUCAAUAGAUGAAUAGUAAAAUCGUGCGGACAGUAAUAAUUUGCAAUUGCAAAUUCAAAUGCAUGAAGGGAGAAUCCCAUGACAUAAACGACCAUUUUUUGGUUCAAGCAUCAACUUAUAUUCAAGUGGGAUGUUUUGUUGUAAAAACUCGACGAUUCUAAAACGCCACACUUGAUUUGUCAAAGUGAGUUAUUGAUUAAAAACAAUGUGCCAGUACAUGGAAUGUCACCUGUAGAUUACCAGUCAGAUAUAAUCAUUUUGGCAAGGCAACAAACAUUGGUCAGUAUUAAUGAUGAUUCGAUUUAGGUCUGCUGACAAUGGGAUGAGGUGAACGCCUCGUAUCAAUAUAGUCAAUUAUUAGACUCCUCUACUUCCAAAUAUUUCUGUACAUUCAACAUUCCGUUAUGAAGACGGCACUUUUAAUGCGUGAAGAAGCAAGUUUGCCUUUGGUGGGUGGCUCUGAGUAAUGUAAUAAACGAGCCUGUAAAAACAACGAAAGUAUACGGAUAUUUAACGCCAAAGCAGCUACCGGAAUUCCUGUGCCACAAAUACUCCAGAAAAAAAAGGCUUCUGGUGCUACUCAAACUGGUUUGAGACAGUGGAUCCCAUCAUGCUUCGCCUUGCUUCUAUCCAACAAUGUACAUGCUGGGUUGAGUGUCGAUCAAAUGCAUACAAAUUAACGACCGCUUUUCUUUCUAUAUCAUCAUCAUUUUUCAUUUCGUCUCGUAGGACUUCAGUUUCUUUCCCCAUUCCCGUACUGCCUAUGUUUGAGCAGGAAAAUAUAUCGUUACCAACUCUUUGCACCAAGCCUUCGGCGAGUUCAACUUAUUCCUAGGAUCUAAAAAAAUGCCUUCGCAAUAGUUAUAAUAAUUUUGUGAAUAUCUUACCUACGUCAAUCGAAUUAAUCCACAGUUUGGCGCAGUUUAACAUUAAAAGCAUUCUUUGUGGCGAUUAUUAAAACGUGCGUUUGUCAUAAUAUCGCUAUUUUGGAGAGGUAAUUAAAAUUCGUGCAAUAAAAUUCCAUAAUCAAAAAAGUUAUUCUUUCGCCAUUUCUAUACAACAUAAUGUAAUCAAAUAUCUCAAAAGUAUGAUCCAAACAUUUUCACACUAUAAACAUCUACUUAGCUCUUUUACUUUCCAUCUAUUGAAAAAACUUUAUUUAUUAAACUGCGCGAUUGUUCUGUUAGCUGCUAAAACAGUCGAUAACUAAUCGGUCCUAUUUAUAUUAACAUGAUUUGUCCUCACACACCUUUACAAGACGAUGGUAAUGUAAUGUUUGUUUUAUAUUCAACCUCAACUGGUCCGAAUGGUCGAAUAACGUCAAGCGUGGCACAUGCGUUGCAUACGUAUAGUUAAAUUUUUAUAUUAAUUCUUUUAAGCAUACAAUCAAGUCCACGUUCUGAUAAAUUUAUUUUAAAUUUAGUAAAAUAAGCUAGAUAUUCAACAUGUUUAUAUGAAUGAAGAACACAGUUGUGCAUGUCAUAAGAAUAGUAACACUUAAAUCCAAUAAAUCUAAAAUAAUUAAAAACAUGAAAAA